AUGGUCCUUGUCGCCGCUGGACAACUUUGUGCUUCCAAUGUUUUGAAAGACAACGCUACUGCUGCGAUCAAUCUGAUUACAAAGGCUGCAAGCCUGAAAUGUAAGGUUUUAUUUUUACCAGAAGCAUCAGAUUAUAUUGCACGGAAUGCGCAACAAAGUAAAGAGAUUGUGAAGUCCGUCUCAGAGUCGCCUUUUGUGCUGGCCAUUCAAAAAAAGCUGCAAGAACUUCACGCUGCCGGGAAUUCCCUUUCUGUUUCAGUGGGUAUUCAUGAGCCUUCUGAGACUUCUGACCGUGUUAAGAAUACCCUGAUAUGGUUCAAUGAAGCAGGUGAAAUUGUUCAGAGAUAUCAGAAAAUCCAUCUUUUCGAUGUGGACAUUAAGAACGGGCCGAUUUUGAAAGAGUCGCAAUCCGUUGAACCAGGAUCGAAAGUUCUUAAACCGUUCCCAACCGCAAUUGGCAACGUUGGAUUAGGGAUCUGCUAUGAUCUACGUUUUCCCGAGCUGGCCUUGAGAUUGAGAAGUGAAGGAGCCCAAGUUUUAACUUAUCCCUCUGCUUGGACAAUGAAAACAGGCCCUCAUUUCCAGAUCCUGGCUCAAUCAACCGCCAUUUUUACUCAAUGCUAUGUUGUGAUGCCUGCACAAAAGGGAAAACACAAGGUUGAGGACGGAACGGUGACUAAUAGAGAGUCUUACGGCCACACUUGUAUUAUCGAUCCUUCAGGAACUAUUCUUGCUCAGUGCACAGAUAUUGACGAUGUAGAGGACAUCUGCAUCGCCGAUAUCGAUCUUGGUAAGCUGGAGGUCAUCAGGAAAAAUAUGCCUCUUUGGAGCCAGAGAAGACCGGAUGUCUUCGGCUACAAAGUCUAA